ACAGCUGACAUUUUACGGUUGGAAGGUGGUAUGAUGUGACAUUUAUUGUUUGGCCAAAAAAAAUAUUAAGUGUAAUAAAGUAAUAUUUGCAUGUGAUUCAUGUAUUUUUUUAUUCGCUUCAAAAAGAAAAUAUAAAAUGAACUAUUCAAUGGAUAAUAACGGUAGUCUCGGCUUAACUACAGACCAAAUGGAAAAAGUACUACAGUUUCAAGACCUCACAGGUAUCGAAGAUAUAACGAUAUGCAGGGAUGUAUUGCAAAGACAUCAAUGGAAUUUGGAAGUAGCCGUUCAGGAACAACUAAAUAUCAGGGAAGGAAGACCUACUGUUUAUGCAUUGGAAUCUAGACCGCCGGCGGUAGUUAGCGAUCAUUUGGGUCAACAUUUCUAUUAUACACCACCUACCGAUGGCUCCGGCAGCGGUUUUAGAGGGAUCUUCAAAACUGUUUUUAAUUUUAUGUGGAAUAUGUGUUACAGCACCCUCAUUACUUUCUUACAAUUAGGUCGAAGACUACUGGGUAUAGAAUUUAGGCCGAGAACGAAUCCUGUUCAAGAUGUGAUGGAUUUUAUUAAAUUAUAUGAAGAAAAAUAUUCACAAACCCACCCAGUAUUCUACCAAGGCACAUUUUCGCAAGUUCUUAACGACGCAAAAAGGGAAUUAAGAUUUUUAUUAGUGUAUCUACACGAUUCCAAAGCAACAGAUACUGAUUCAUUUUGUAAUGGAACUUUAUCUGAUCAUGAACUAAUUCAGUACAUCAAUCAAACAUUUUUGUUUUGGGGUUGUUCGGCACAGUCAGGUGAAGGGCAGAAAACCUCUAGUGCAGUCAGAGCUAGCCAUUAUCCCUUUUUGGCAGUUUUAGUGUUAAAAGAAAAUAGAAUGACUAUAGUAGGUAGGUUAGAAGGAUAUUCAAAUCCACAAUUGCUAAAACAGAGACUGAUUACCAUUGUAAAUGAAUACGAAAUAAAUUUGGUGUCUGCAAGAGCUGAUAGGUUUGAAGCAAGCAUCAACCGGUCAUUAAGGUCACAGCAAGACGAGGCCUUCAUGGAAAGCUUACGAGCCGAUCAAGAAAAAGAAAGAAAAAAAGAAGAAGAGAGAAAAGCAAAAGAAGAAGAACAACGUAGGUUAGAAGAGGAAAGAUUGGCCGAAUUGGAACGUAAGGAAACCUUGGAACAGGAAAAAAUCAACUCUUUACAAAGGAUUCCUCAUGAACCGGACGCCACGCACCCCGACGCCGUACAUGUAGUGUUCAAAUUACCGUGUGGUAGCAGAUUGGAAAGAAGAUUUCUCAAAACUCAUUCCUUAGAGGCGGUUUUUUAUUUUUUAUUUUGUCAUCCGAACGCUCCGGAUUCGUUUGAAAUAACAACGAAUUUCCCGAAGAGGAUAUUGAAAUGUCGGAGGGAGCACCACGAACAGAUCCAAACAUUGGAACAAGCCGGAUUGAAAAAUAAGGAAGUUUUAUUCGUUAACGAUCUAGACGCGUGAAUUUUUUCUUUAAAUCGAACCGUAAGUAGAAAAAUAUUGAAUUCGGGAAGAAUUUUUUGCAAUAAAAAAACUACGUCUACUUUUAAAAUUGUAUUAAGUUCAAAAUUGUAUUGAAUUUUUAUUAAACGUAAUCAUUUAUUCGGAGAAAAUAUUAUGGUUGUACUUAUUGAUGUACACGAUGAGUUUACUAAAAAAAACAUCAAAAUUGAUUAAAAAAUACAGAUUUUUUGCUUUUAUUUGGAUUUAUUGUUAUUUUUGAAUACUUUAUUGAUUUAAAUUAUUUAUGAACUUCAUUUUUGGUAUUGUUAAUAAAAUAAUUUACCCUCGGAGACUUCUUGCCGUGUUAAGUCAACGUUUUAUUCCAAAAAGUCACCUUUUGUUUAAAUAUAAUCGAUAUAAAUCAUCGUAAAAUGUUGUGGUGCUCUCCUAAAUCAAUUAUCCUUCAUUUAGGGCGUCUAAAGAUACUUCUUUAUGAAAAUCCUGAUUUUAUUCGACAUUAUUUCCAUCUUUAAUUUCUUAUUUUCAUUCAAAAUUGACAAAUGUUGUCAAAUGCCGUUCUUAUAUCCAAGAAUAUAGCUUCAUAGACGAGAAAUAAGUUCGAUUAUGUCAUUUUUUGUUAUAUUGUUGAUAAUACUGCAUAAUAAAAACCAAAAUGUAAAAACAAAAUAGAAAAUGAGCUGAUUUUUGCUGUUAGACAAUUUAUUUGAAUAAAUCAUUUAUAAUCUUCAUUUUUGAUUUUGUUUACGAAAUAAUGGACCCUGGGCGAAUUCUAGCCGUGUUAAUUCAACGUUUUAUUCCAAAAAAUCACUUUUUGGUAAAGUGUAGCGGUUCUCCUCUAAAUCCAUUAUCCUUCCUAUAUGACGCCUAAAAAGUCCCCCUUAUGAAAAUUCUGCUUUCACUCUGAUCUUUGUUUGUCAAAUGCUGAUCCAAAAAUAUUGUUUUAUACAUAAUAAUUGGAAUCUUUUCUCAAUUUUUAGUUUUAUUGUUGCUAAUACCUCUAAUUGUUGGGAAUUUUGUUAGUCUAUUGAUCGUGCUUUGUUCAAAAAACAAAACAGUGCGUUUUUUUUGGGAAAAUUUGUGAAAAACUCAUUUGGAGCCACAUUCAAACAGUCAUAAAUCAUUAUAGAAUGUUGUGGAGGUCUUCUAAACCAAUUUUCCUUCCUUCUAAAUAUACUUCCCCAUAUGUCAAAUCCAAAACUUCGAAUAUCCCCCACACUUAUUUGAACCUCCUAAUUGUUGUGCAUCUGAUGGGGUAAAUAUUUUUUGAUGACCAUAUUUGGUUCAGAAAACUGUGCAGUGCAUUGUUUGGAGAAAAUUGUGAAUAAAACUCAGUUGGAGACACAGUCAUAUGUUUUUUAUCAAAAUAAAUGACAGAUAGUUGAAGUGGCAGACAUUGUUAAGGUUAUUAGUAAAAUUUGUAUCAAUAAUGUCCUUUAAAAGGAGUUCUGAUGGAUUACUAAUAAAAUAUUAGAUAAAAAACGAAUCAAAUCAUCGAUUAUUAUCAGUCAUUCUCAUUUAUCUGCUGAGUUUAAUAAACAUUGGAAAACUGGCAGUGAAUAGAGGAAUUAUCUGAGCUUUGGGAUCUUCUAGUUUGUUUUAAGUCAGCAUUCUGUUGAAUAAAGUGUCCUUAUGGUCUUCUAAAUCCAUUAUCCUUCCUAUAUAAAGAUACUUCCUUAUAAAAAUCCUGUUCUUACUUGACAUUAUUUCCAUUUUUAUUUCUUAUUUAUAUAAUAAGUCAAAUCUCAAUUCUCAAAUCUAAGAAUAUUUUUUUAUUAAUGAAGAUAUUUGAAUUGUUUGGCUGAUAGUUGGAAAAAAAUCGAUGUUUUAGCAUAUAAUGUAUCUGUAACGUUCACUUAAUAAAUCUGGGUUUUAUCGACCUAAUAUUGUGUAAAAAAAGACUGUACAAGGUGAUUUUUUUAUCGCCAUGAAGUUUCAUUGAAGCGAUACUUUCAAUACUUCAAUUAAAAACCAGGAUUUGUAAAGGAUGAAGACUUUUUGGUUGUUUGUUACAAUUUCUUUACUUAUUCACAGUUGGGGUGGUUGGGAUUUAUUUUUGUUAACUUAAGUCAUAAAUAUAAACGAAAAUGGUGGGAAAUUUAAAUAAAAAACUUCUACAAUAAAUUUUUUGGUGCAUUUUUGACUUUAUUUCUUAUACAGUUUUUCAAUAUGAUAAAAAAGUUCAUGUUAUGGUUUUUAAACCACUUUUUAUGAUUAUUUAAUUUAUUUUAGUUUUACAUUUGUUUUGUUAGGUUAUGAAAUAUAAACACGGCAAUAAUUCGAUUUUUAGAAUUUAAAUUUUUAAUAAUUAUAUACAUGCAUACCAAUAAUAAAUUCGGGGUCUAAUUUUCUCUAAAAAGAACAAUACAAUUACACUGUAAAUAUUCUAAAUUUGGAAAAAUUUACAAAUUACAUCCAACCUUGACAAAACUAUUAUGAAAUUUAAAUGAUUUUGUCAGUUGUCAACUGUCGAACGGUUUUUCCAUAGAUAACAAACAAUAAAUCUGAGUUGUCAGCUGUCGAACGGCUUACACUUUUUACAUAGAGUAAAAAAAUUUACUAGUUGUCGAACGAUAUGUACUUUUUGCAUGUCUCUCUAUAACUUAUCAGCGGUAGAACCACUUUUUGCAAAGUAAAUAAACAAUGGUUAUUCCUCUAAACAUCUAAAAAAUUUUUCCCAUUAAAUAAACUUAACCCGCAUAUCCGAACCUAGUCGCUACUUUACACUUUUCAUACUAAUACAAAAUCGCGUCCCCACUAAUCAAUCAUAGAAUUAAUAUUAAACAUAGAGAGAAGGGAAUUUAAGUGGAAAUGCACUAUCGGUAAAGAGAGAAACAAUAUUGGUUUUUCACUUUCUACUAAAACUUGUUAUAUUCUUUCUUUGUCCAUCUUAUAACUCGAACCUUGGACGUCAUCGUGAUCUAAUCAGCAUAGAAUGGUGUCCCGUGUUUUACCUCUCUCUCUAUCAGCGAUUCGUGGUCACUUGAACAAGUUCCCUCUAUUUUUAAUAGUAAUUCUAUGUGACCAAUACAGACACAGUAUUUAUUUUCGUUUAGUUAGAAAAUUUCAAAUAAUUUUUCCCAUUAAAAACCUUAUUCCAUAUGUUGUUGAAUUAAAGGCUCGUUCAGACAAUGACAUUUUAUGUCGUGACACGGACAAGGAUUCGUCUCCUAUUAUCUCCAAGUCCCUCAGCAGCGUUCCUGAUGCACCUAAUGUGUUCCUACGUCUAAUCCACUUUCUUACCCACACUCGCCUUUUUAAUUUUUGCCUCAACUUCAAAUUGUCGCAACACAAGUCUUGGUACGUGUGAACACCUGGUGUCAUAACGUCGAAUGUCAAACGCUGUCACAGCAUUUGAUGCCACGACAUAAAUGUCACCGUUUGAACGAGCCUUAAUACACAUAGCGUAGAAUGUAAUUUUACGUAACUAGUUUUUUUUGUCGUGUUUAUAAAGUGAAUUUAUGUUAAGUUUUGAGGGAAAUGCAUUUAUUUCGUAUUGAUUAAAAAUUCCAUUUUUUGUUUUAUUAAAUUUAUAUACGAAACGUUUAAUUUAUUUUUAUUAGUGUAAAUAUGUAAAAAUAAAUUGUUCGAAUAA